AUGACAGUCCGCAUGAGCGUCAUAAUUUUGGAGGAGCCCCGGGGGCCCUUGCCCUGGUCCUUUGCCACCCGUGCGUUCGCCCAUGUCGUUUCCCAAGGCGACACCCGCCUGAAGAUCCUGGUCAAGGGGUCGGCAAGCAUCAGCAUUGAAGGCGGCCCCAGCGUGGCCAUGCCGCCCUUCUCCUCCAUCGGGGAGACGCUCUUCCUGCGGGGGCGCCGGCUCUGGACCCGGGAGGUCGUCGUGGCGACCGAGCGGGUGCUGUGCGUGUCCUGGGACCCUGACCGGCUCCGCGAGUGGCUGGGCCACAACCGCGAGCUGGACGCGCACGCCAACAACGUGCUGUCCGAGCUGAUGUGCUCAAACCUGAGCGCCGUGUCACAGCUCCGCAGCCGCCUCGAGGUCGAUGGCGGCCACGAGUCCGAGGCCUGCAAUAUCGACACUGCAGGCCCCGACGACCGCGGCGAGUGCGCCCGUCGUGCCCCCGAGCCCAGUCCUGCACAGUCUGCUGGGGCAGCCCGUCAAGUGGGCGGCGCGGAGCUCGGGCUGUGGAUCUCCUACCUGCAGGUGCGCACGAGGCUCGGAGAGGCUGGUAGCGAGGCCAGCGGCCGCGAGAGGGCGUGCCUCCUCGCCUACCUCGGCGUCGUCGGCCUCGACACGAAGCUCGACCGCGGGGACGUGGAGGGGAGGCUCCGCGAGCUGGACGCGAGCCUCACCGCCCUCGAGAGGGCGGGCCUGACGUUGGAGGAGUUCGCCUCCAUCCUGGGCCGCUCCGCCACCACCAUCGACACCAACGGCGAUGGCGUCAUCGGUUCUCUCCAGAGGAGUUGGCUGCAGCGCUUCACCAGGUCUGCCACGACUUCCCGGAGGGCAGCGUGA